AUGGCUGAUGCUCACAUCCCUUCGGGCCCGGUUGAUACGGUCCCCGAGAACCUGAAAGCGCGCAUCAAGGCCUCGUACGAUGCGAUCGCGCCCGUCUACAACAAGUGGACUGUCGACCACUCGCCGGUGCGCGUUGCGUACCUCGACCAGGUGACGGCCAAGCUGCGGCCCGCUGGCUCGACGGACAAGACACCCUUGCGCGUGCUCGAGCUCGGCUGCGGCGCCGGACGCCCGGUCACCGAGAAGCUGCUGAGAGAGCUGGGCCCGGUGCACGUCACGGCCAACGACAUCUCCACGGGCCAGCUCGACAUGGCUCGCGACGCGCUGGGCGAGCACGGCGAGAAGGUGUCCCCCGACGGCACGAGCACGGUCGACUGGGUCGAGGGCGACAUGAUGGCGCUGGCGUUCCCGGAUAACUCGCUUGACGCCGUCGUCGGCUUCUACAGCGUCAUCCACCUGCCGGCCGCCGAGCAGGCGACGCUGCUGGGCCGCAUUGGCCGCUGGCUGAAGCCGGGCACGGGCUACUUUUUGGCCAACUUUUCGGACCGCGUCAUGCCGGGCAUGGUGAUCGACAAGUGGCUGAAGCAGGACGAAGGGUGGAUGUACUGGAGCGGACUGGGGAUGCCGCAGACGGAGGCGGCUGUGGUCGGUGAAGGCGGCCUGACGUUGGAAGUGAGCAAGCUGGAGUCGGACGAUGUCGACGAUGUGGACUUCCACUGGGUCAUUGCUCGCAAGCCAGAGUAG